AUGGACAGUGAACGAGCGAGCAAGAGGAAGGGCUCCAGGUUCACCGACCCCUAUCCUGAUGCAGUUAGCUCCACAGCUGAUGUUGAAGGCCCACUCUACAAGAAGUUCUCCAGUGCGCUAGCACUAGCUGGGGGCUCACUGCUUUCUCCUGCAGCCCCUUCCUCCCUGCACACAGCUGCCAGCCCUGCCCGUCGACGGCACCGGACUACCUUCAGCCAAGACCAGCUAGACCAACUAGAGGCAGCAUUUGUGAAAAACCACUACCCUGACAUUUUCUGUCGGGAGGAGCUGGCUAGGACCACCAAACUCAAUGAGUCUCGCAUUCAGGUUUGGUUCCAGAACCGGCGAGCAAAGCAACGGAAGCAGGAACGGGCCCUCCCCAAAACAGGCACCCCUGGCAGAUUCUCUGCAUGCCCCACGCCUGCACCUCAACCCCGAACGUACCAAUACCACCCCGCUCUUGGGUCCCAUCACCACCUGCCCUGUUUCCCUUCCAGCUACACUCUGCCUCCCCCUCCUCCCCCUGGUCCUGCUGCCCAAUUUCCUUGUCCUGUGUCCCACCACUCCCAAAGCUCCCAUGCGCAUGAGGACUGGUACAGCCCGCUGCAUGCCAUUGGCUCCGCUGCUGCAGCCCCAUCCCCUGCCAUGUUCUCUCUGAGUCUUGAACCUGGCACCCGCUGGAACUAA